UAGUACUUGUAAUAAUUACACAUGAACAACGAAAGAUUUAGAUUUCCAUCAGAUUGUAAUUCCCAGGAGAUCAUGGAAUAUCACCCUUUUUGCACCAUGGAUGAAGUUACAAAAACGACCAAAAGGAAGCAGAGCAAGAACAAGAGAAGGUUCAGCGACGACCAAAUCCGAUCGUUGGAAUCGAUAUUCGAAUCGGAAUCCAGGCUCGAUCCCCUUAAGAAGAUUCAGGUGGCCAAACACUUGGGGUUGCAGCCACGGCAGGUUGCGAUUUGGUACCAGAACAAGAGAGCCAGGCGCAAAUCCAAGCAGCUCGAACGCGACUACAACAACCUGCAACACAAUUACAACAACUUAGCCUCAUUGUUCGAGGGCCUAAAGAUAGAAAAACAGGCUUUACUUUCUCAGUUGCAGAAGCUGAAGGAGGAAGAGCAAUGUUGUGGACAAGUGAAUCGUAACGAGGGACAGACAGUGAAGUCCGAGUGUGAAGAGCAGCUGAGUUUUUCGAUGGAGAGAUCGGAACACGCACUCGGAGCGUUGUCGGAUGACGAUAGUGCCAUAAUGACGGGCUACUUUAGGCUAGAAGAAGAGCCUGAAGUUAUGAGCAUGGUGGAACCGGCUGAUGGUGCUUUAACAUCUCCGGAAGAUUGGCACAGUUUUGAAUCCAAUGCUCUCUUUGAACAGUCCGGUUGUGGGUACCAGUGGUGGGAUUUUUGGUCUUGAACAAAUGUACUAAUGAGGAACAAAAAAUAUGUAUGUAAACAAUAUUCUGAGGUGCUGGGGUCAAAUUAUCUAGUAGAGGACAUGGGA